UCCACUAAUGACGGUUGGUUGUGAUCAGCGAAGAGCGCGUGACCUCUGGCUGCAGGUCAGAGUUCACACGCAUGUCGCGUUGCCAUGGAGACCAGUGGCGGCUGCGCGACUCGCGCUAUAAUGUCAUUAAUAUCCGUGUAAUAAACGCGUGAAUUUUCAGUUAUAACAUGAAAUAAGUGUGUCGGUGUUGCUGACAUGCGACGUCACCAUCGGAGCAAUGAACAAUUACAGAGUGAUCGAGAAGAUCGGCGCGGGAACUUUCUCUGAGGUGAUGAAGGUGAAGAACAUGAAGGACGGCAAACAUUACGCCUGCAAAACCAUCAAGCAGAGCGUGGGGAGUGUGGAUCAGGCUCAUGGGCUCCAGGAGGUCCAGGCCAUGAAGCGUUUGAGUCCUCAUCCCAACAUCCUCCAGCUCCACGAGCUCAUCUACGAUGAAGACACUGGAACCCUGUCGCUGAUAUGCGAGCUCAUGGACAUGAACAUAUACGAGUUUAUCAAAGGGCGACAGCAUCCAGUGUCUGAGAGCAAAGCCAAACACUUCCUGUUCCAGCUGUGCCGAUCACUGGAUCACAUGCACAGCCGAGGGUUAUUCCACAGGGACGUGAAGCCGGAGAACAUCCUGAUCAAAAACGAGGUUCUGAAGCUGGCAGACUUCGGGUCGUGCAGGAGUAUCUCCUCCAGGCCUCCUCACACCGAGUACAUCUCGACCCGCUGGUACCGGGCGCCCGAGUGUCUGCUGACCGACGGACACUACUCUCAGAAGAUGGACGUUUGGAGUGCCGGCUGCGUGUUCUUCGAGAUCCUCAGCCUGAGCCCGUUAUUCCCUGGCCGUAACGAGCUCGACCAGGUCAACAAGAUCCACGAGGUGUUGGGCUCGCCGGACGACACACUGCUGCAGAAGUUCAAACAGUCUCGUGCGAUGCGGUUCGACUUCCCCCCUCGGAAGGGCUGUGGGAUUCAUCCGCUGGUUCCUCACUGCUCCUCUGCUGGCCUGUCUCUGCUGGAGCAGAUGCUGACCUACGACCCCGAGGAGCGCAUCAGCGCCCGCGCAGCACUGCAACACCCCUGCUUCAGAGAGCUGCGCGUGGCGGAGAGGCGGACGGGUCUGCGCAGGAGAGCUGAGGGAGAGUUCAGCAACACGCCGGCGUCUGAUCAUCUGUGGCGGCUCGCGAGACAGGGCCGGAGACAGCAGCUGAAGCUGGACCCGCUGAGCCGACGCCACUUCCCUCUGGAGCUGCCCAAGCUGAACCUCGGGAGCCCGACACACACACUCCCGCACGGGGGCCCGACACACACACUCCCGCCGCUGCCGCCGGCCCACCGCGGCUUCCUGCCCGCCAUCUCCAAGUGCCACUCGCGUCUCAAACCCAAAGACGAUCCGCAGCAUCUGAAGCGCUUCUACAUGCCUCACGCGCUGGAGCGCCACCCGCAGGACUACUGACGCCAGCAGAGCUCCGGCACAGCACGCAAUAAAGCUCUUUAUACACACUGACACGUGUUUUCAGACCAAUACUGAUGUCUGCAUCCCAGAUCACAUCAUCACGUCUCAGACGGAUGCGGCGUAAAUAUAAAGCAGUGCUUUCAUUCUUCAUUAGCCCAUCAUUUAGCCGGAUCUGUGAACGUGAGCGAUGAUCAUUCGUUACACGAGGUGCUACCGGCUCACAGCAGAUUCAGGAUUACUGUUGUGACAGCAACACAACUAGUGUUUAAUAAAGGGCUUUUACACUUCCUCAAAGUGCCAUGCAUGACAUCACAGACCAGGACUGCUUCUACAGGGCUGUGACGACUACUUGGUUUCUCAAUAUUAUUGUCAUACUUCAAGACAUAUGAUUAAAGGUUAACAAAAAAUACUAAAUUUGAUAUUAACAUUGUGUGCGUAAAUGAAUAGUCUUGGACAAUAGAGACGCCAGAAUAGCAAUAUUCAUGAUUCCGAAGCUGAAAUACAAGAUUAUUUUACAUGAAUAUGCUUGAUCUCUGUCACUGACGACAUAUGUAAAUGUAGGCCACUUUUACUUAUUAUACAUUAUAUUCAACAUUAUAUACACUGAACAAAAUUAUAAACGCAACACUUUUGUUUUUGCUCCCAUUUUUCAUGAGCAGAACUUAAAGAUGUAAGACACAAAAGGCCUAUUUCUCUCUACGGACACUAAAACUCUACUACUGUGACCCCUAUCUCUUACAGUAACAUCACUACAGUACACUGAUGCACUCUGGGAAGGGUUACAUUAAUGCAUUUGGAGCAAGCACUGUGAACAAUGAGGACAACAAUCGGCAUGAAUAAAAGUUAGCUUAAAAGUAACAAAAGCAUUGAAUAAACUGGUUGUUUCUGAAAGUUGCAGUUCAGGAACACUGCUUCACACACACACACACACACACACACUCUCGGAAACAGGGCACCGAGGUCACGGUAAGAACUAGCACACAGAACAGGACGACACACACCAGACCAAACAUCCGUGGACUUUUUUUAAUGAAGAACAAAAUGUGAAAUGCAAAAUGUUAACCACAUGAAUCAAAAAUAUGACACUUCCAUCAUCCACAUCUUUCCCGGUUAGUGUACAUCUCAUUAACAAUGACUGCUAGUCACAAAGAAGGGUAAGUCAUGACAGCGGUUUAAUAGUGUCUACUGCUCGUCCUAUAGUGGGUUUCGUAGUACAUCGAAUAACUUUGCUGUUGGUAAGCAAAAUAUGAACUCUUGAACCUCUUUCAUGAGAUUAGUUUUCUUCGUCUGCUAGACUUCCUGAGCUUAUUAGCCAGACGACACACUGUUCUGUCAAUCUAGCGUAUCCAUUACAUAAAUCUCCUAUAUUAUCAAAAUACAUUUGGGUGACUUUUGUACAAGAGAAACAGAAAAAGAAAAAAACAGAAACCUGCAUAUUUAAGAUUAUUUUUAAUAUUAUUAUGUCUAUUUUUCUGCUUUAGAAAUGUCACUAUUUCCUGUAAUGAUGACAAACUUCCACUAGAGUUACUGAUCAUUUGCUUUUGCCCCAAUAAAUCACUGAAUUACAAUAUUUUACAUAUAAUACAAAGCAGAUUUUUAUCUGAAACAAUAUUAAAAUAAAUGCUCAAUAGAUACAAAGUUUUUUAAUCAUAAUUCUCCACAUUAUACCGGUCUGUGAG